AUGGUGGGAUUGGGCAUUGUUGAUAAGGAUCUAAAACCCGUUUACAUUACCCAAUAACCCGCCAAUCCUUCACAAUCUUAACAAAGAACAACAAAUAAGCCCUUCCAACUCUCUUCUUCCCCAUCAAUUCCUCCAAUGAACUGCACUCACUGUCCAUUUCCAACUGUUAAACCCCCUUUCCUUUUCUUAUUGAACCCUAAUUUCAAAACCCUAGCCUACCCAACAUCUACCCGGGUUCUGAAUUUCCCUUCGAACCAUCCAAUUCGUAAACCGUUACUAUCAUAUUGGCGUAAAUCCCCCAAUUUUAACCCUGUUUCAGAGAAUUUUCAAGUUAAAGCUUCAAUCGGAAGUAACAAUGGUGAAAUGGGGAAAUGGAUGAGCUGGUUGCCCACUGGAGGUUUAGCAGCUGAUAAAAUUUUAAGAUUGAUUUCAACUGCUACUUCAAGUCCAAUUUGCCAGUUCAUUUCUUCACCAACCACUUUCUUGCAUUCAGUGGACCCUAGAAUCAAAUUGGUAUGGCUGUUGGCGUUAGUUGUUUUACCAGCACGUGCCCAAAUAGUUGUUCGUUUUGGAUUGGUAGCAUUCAUCGCUCUUUUGUCAGUAUUGUUUCUCCCAAAACCUGUGUGGGUGGAUCAAUUGGGAAGGGUGUCACUCCUUUGUGGAAUUUUAUUCAUUCUGUCAGGGCUUGGUACUGAUGGUGUACCACAACUUGUUCAGUCAAGAACCCCAUCAUCUUCGCUAACGGGGUUGCCUGAUCUUCCUAAAUCGUUAAGUGGGUAUUCAUAUUUAAUCAUGAAGCUAGGACCACUACAGUUAACACGGAAGGGCUUAUCUGUCGCUAGCACAGCAGCAAGUUUAACCUUCAUUAUCUUUCAAAGUGCAAGCCUCUGCUUAGCAACCACGACCCCAGAACAACUUGCAUUUGCUUUGCGGUGGUUUAUGCUCCCUUUGAGAUAUAUAGGUGUACCAGUGGCUGAAAUUGUUCUUACACUCAUGCUUUCCUUGAGGUUUAUCAAUUUAGUGUUUGAUGAGGUUCGUAAUGUUGCGUUGGGGAUUGUAUCUCGUAGGAUAAAUUGGCAGCAGUUGACGAUGAAGGAGACGGUUGAUGUUUUUGCUUCCUACAUUCAGCGGAUCUUCAAGAAUAUUUUUAAGCAUGCAGAGCAAAUCUCACAGGCCAUGAUAGUUAGGGGAUUCAGGGGUGACAGUAAUGGUCAUAAACUAUACUUCUUAUCAGACUCAUCGUUCGGGAUGGCAGAUUUAAUUGCCGUAGUUUGCUUGAUCGGUGUUACGACCGCCGCUCUAUUGUCUGAGAAUUUCGUUGUCUGAUAACUAAUUAACUGUACCUUCUUCAUCUGUUCACCUCA